CUGAGACUUCGAACGUUAUUUAAGCGAAUAACACAACCUAAAAGAACUAACAUUACAUUUUUAGAUGUAUUUUAAAACCUUACCUAUUUUGGUGUUCUAAUAACCGUAUAAAACGUAGUGUAAUACAUUGUGCUGGUGAUAACCUCCCACAGACUUCGAACCGACAGUCUUCGCUGAGGUUGGUUUCUAGCUUCCACUAAGGAAUGAGGAUACUCCACCUAUUUUGGUCAGUGAUCAGUCAAAAAGAACGUGUUUUAGUCCUAGACACCAUGCAAUAGUAACAAUGGGAAGAACUCUGACUAAAGUGGAAAUUUUACUGCUUCUGUUGCUAAGCGCCACCACAACGAACUCUGGACUUGUGUCUUGGAUGUCUCUGGGAUUGCAGGGUCUGUAUAUUAUUCAAAACCCUCAAGUUUACUUGGUGGGCACUCAGCCGCUAUGCUCACAACUCACUGGAUUGUCCAAGGGUCAGUUUAAACUCUGCCUGCUCUAUUACGACCACAUCCACUACAUUGCCAGAGGAGCCAACCUGGGUAUUAGGGAAUGCCAUUGGCAGUUCAGACAUAGAAGGUGGAAUUGUUCGACUCUAGCGGACAACAGCACUUUCGAUAAUGUUCUUAAAAUUGCGAGCAGAGAAACGGCCUUCGUCCAUGCUAUCACAGCUGCUGGUGUCGUCCACAGCAUUGCCCGUGGGUGUCGGGAUGGACAGCUUGGAAGCUGCGGCUGUAGUCGAGCCAACCGACCGCAGAAACUCCAUCGCGACUGGAUUUGGGGAGGCUGUGGAGACAACAUUGAGUAUGGCUAUCGUUUCGCAGAAGGUUUCGUUGACGUUCGAGAAAGAGAAAAUAAUUUCCGAAAAGGUUCCAGAGAACAGGGCCGCAAGUUGAUGAACCUUCAUAAUAACGAAGCUGGAAGAAGA